AUGCGCUUUUUGGAGUCAGAUGAGACUGCAAAGUUUUGUCUACCUAUGAACAGUAAUUUUUCUUCUAUUACCGGCUUACUUGAAGGUACUGGGAACGUGAAAUACCCAGAACAUCUCCAGAACCCUCUCAAUGAUCCCGAUCUAUACGAAUGGAGGCGCGAGUACAUUUGGGAUAUGAACGACAUUGAAAUAUCAUAA